CAUGAACAAUGGAUAUGUAUGCCUGGACCAGAGAACAAGCUGUGUUAUAUGAUGGCAUAAUACUUGCUGCUCUUGGAGUUGAGGCAGUUAUUAUUUUCAUGGGGAUAAAAUUACUUUCCAAAAAGGUUGGCGAGCGUGCUAUUCUGCUGGGAGGACUCAUUGUUAUAUGGGUUGGCUUCUUUAUCUUGUUACCUUGGGGACAUCAGUUUCCCAAAAUACAGUGGGAAGAUUUACAUAAUAAUUCAAUCCCUAAUACCACAUUUGGAGAAAUAAUUAUUACUCUUUGGAAGAUUCCAAGAGAAGAUCACAAUGAAGGACCAACUGGUUGCCCAGUUGAACAAGCCUGGUGCCUCUACACCCCCAUGAUCCAUCUGGCCCAGUUCCUCACAUCAGCUGUGCUAAUUGGAAUAGGCUAUCCAUCCUGCAAUGUUAUGUCAUAUACAUUAUAUUCAAAAAUUCUGGGGCCAAAACCUCAGGGUAUGUACAUGGGCUGGUUAACAGCGUCUGGAAGUGCAGCACGGAUUCUUGGACCUGUCUUCAUCAGUCAAGUGUACGCUGCCUGGGGUCCACGAUGGGCUUUCAGCCUUGUGUGUGGAAUCGUGGUGCUCACCAUCACACUCCUGGGUGUGGUUUACAGAAGACUCAUUGCUUUUUCUGUAAGGCAUGGAAGGAUUCAAGAAUAACCUAGCUAAGACUGUGGUGGAAAGUACUUGCUGUGUGGAACUUUGUCUUUUAAGGCUCGCUAGAUGAUUGCUAAGAGUCAGUUUCCUAAAGUCAGGUUGUAGAUAUUGCAUAUGUUGAAUAACAAGAACAUUGAAUAAAAUAGGGAAUUCUGUGUGUAAUUAUGAAUAGCAAGAUAAUAUAAAAAUUCUGGAUCAUAGUUUCCUUAUCUCAAAAAAGAAAUAGUCUUCAUAUGACAUUUUUUGGGGGGUGGCAUAAAGUCAUGAGUGAAUAGACAGUGGUCUAUAAAUGUGAAGUUAUACUCUUAAGUCAAACUGCAGAGGCGUCAUUAAAAUAACAAGAAUAUGCAGUGAAAUCAUAAGGAGAGUUCUGUAUGAAUUACCUGUAAUAGAAUGAAAUUAUAGAAAUCUUUUACCUAAUAGAGGUACUUUUAUUCACAGCUAUCUCCUUUUUAUUAAAAAAUGCAUUUUCUGUUAUUAUAAAGUUUUCCUUAUGAAGUAAAAUCAUGACUUAAAUUUUAUACUUACCAUGCCUGCCAUCCUCCCUUAGCUUCUAUAAGUCAUGAUUUUUAAUACUACACUUUCCAUCUUAUUUUAGUUCAGGAUCUUACUAAUUAACCCCUAAGUUAAUGGAUGUGUAUGAAUAAUGCUCAUAUUUGAGCAAUAAAGAGGAUUAAGAGAUUAAGAUAGAUUUUGCUACCUGUAGUACAGAUAACUACUUUUUUCUUUCAAGUCCUAAUAAAUAAUUCACUUUAGAAACAUAAGCCAGAUAUGUGUUAUUGUAUACAUAUACUGAACAGCAAACUGUUAAAAUUAUUGGCAUUUUCUAAUUCCCUUAAAUUCUAGAGAAAAACUAUUACCUUAUUUAUUUUUUCUCUCUCAGUAGUGGUAGGGAAGACCCAACGGUUUUCAAUCUGUGUCUGCAUAGCUACUCAGAACUGCAGAAUUUUAAAUUUGGAUAAGCCCGACAGCCCCAAUAUAGGCAGGCUAAUAAAUCUGAGGUAAAAUAGCUGUAAUCUAACAGUUUACCGAGUUUACUAGAAAUUGGCUAAAUCACAUCAUGUACACUUUACUACCUCACAUAAGUUGAAUGCUGCUAAAAGGGACUAGUACAGAACUAUCUAUAUGGAUAAUCAGUAUUAUCCAAAAAUGCAAAAAUAUUUCUAAAUACUUUUCCAAAUGUUUCCUACUCUAAGUUAUAAAUAUUUCAAAUCUAAGAGUAAACACUAUAAU